UUCGAUUAUUUUAACAAUUUUUCGUUGCCCUUUUGCAGGAUGCAGAUCUUCGUGAAGACGCUGACUGGCAAGACCAUCACUCUGGAGGUCGAGCCGUCGGACACGAUCGAAAACGUGAAGGCCAAGAUCCAGGAUAAGGAGGGCAUUCCUCCAGAUCAGCAGCGUUUGAUCUUCGCCGGAAAGCAGCUGGAAGACGGACGUACUCUGUCCGACUACAACAUUCAGAAGGAGUCGACCUUGCACUUGGUGCUCCGUCUGCGUGGAGGUAUGCAGAUCUUCGUGAAGACGCUGACUGGCAAGACCAUUACUCUGGAGGUUGAGCCGUCGGACACGAUCGAGAACGUGAAGGCCAAGAUCCAGGAUAAGGAGGGUAUUCCUCCAGAUCAGCAACGUUUGAUCUUCGCCGGAAAGCAGCUGGAAGACGGACGUACUCUGUCCGACUACAACAUCCAGAAGGAGUCAACCUUGCAUUUGGUGCUCCGUCUGCGUGGAGGUAUGCAGAUCUUCGUGAAGACGCUGACUGGCAAGACCAUCACUCUGGAGGUUGAGCCGUCGGACACGAUCGAGAACGUGAAGGCGAAGAUCCAGGAUAAGGAGGGUAUUCCUCCAGAUCAGCAGCGUUUGAUUUUCGCCGGAAAGCAGCUGGAAGACGGACGUACUCUGUCCGACUACAACAUCCAGAAGGAGUCGACCUUGCACUUGGUACUCCGUCUGCGUGGAGGUAUGCAGAUCUUCGUGAAGACGCUGACUGGCAAGACCAUCACUCUGGAGGUCGAGCCGUCGGAUACAAUCGAGAACGUGAAGGCCAAGAUCCAGGAUAAGGAGGGCAUUCCUCCAGAUCAGCAGCGUUUGAUCUUCGCCGGAAAGCAGCUGGAAGACGGACGUACUCUGUCCGACUACAACAUUCAGAAGGAGUCAACCUUGCACUUGGUGCUCCGUCUGCGUGGAGGUAUGCAGAUCUUCGUGAAGACGCUGACUGGCAAGACCAUCACUCUGGAGGUUGAGCCGUCGGACACGAUCGAGAACGUGAAGGCCAAGAUCCAGGAUAAGGAGGGUAUUCCUCCAGAUCAGCAGCGUUUGAUUUUCGCCGGAAAGCAGCUGGAAGACGGACGUACUCUGUCCGACUACAACAUUCAGAAGGAGUCGACCUUGCACUUGGUGCUCCGCCUGCGUGGAGGUAUGCAGAUCUUCGUGAAGACGCUGACUGGCAAGACCAUCACUCUGGAGGUUGAGCCGUCGGACACGAUCGAGAACGUGAAGGCCAAGAUCCAGGAUAAGGAGGGUAUUCCUCCAGAUCAGCAGCGUUUGAUUUUCGCCGGAAAGCAGCUGGAAGACGGACGUACUCUGUCCGACUACAACAUUCAGAAGGAGUCGACCUUGCACUUGGUGCUCCGCCUGCGUGGAGGUAUGCAGAUCUUCGUGAAGACGCUGACUGGCAAGACCAUCACUCUGGAGGUUGAGCCGUCGGAUACGAUCGAGAACGUGAAGGCCAAGAUCCAGGAUAAGGAGGGUAUUCCUCCAGAUCAGCAGCGUUUGAUUUUCGCCGGAAAGCAGCUGGAAGACGGACGUACUCUGUCCGACUACAACAUUCAGAAGGAGUCGACCUUGCACUUGGUGCUCCGCCUGCGUGGAGGUAUGCAGAUCUUCGUAAAGACGCUGACUGGCAAGACCAUCACUCUGGAGGUUGAGCCGUCGGACACGAUCGAGAACGUGAAGGCCAAGAUCCAGGAUAAGGAGGGUAUUCCGCCAGAUCAGCAGCGUUUGAUCUUCGCCGGAAAGCAGCUGGAAGACGGACGUACUCUGUCCGACUACAACAUUCAGAAGGAGUCGACCUUGCACUUGGUGCUCCGUCUGCGUGGAGGUAUGCAGAUCUUCGUGAAGACGCUGACUGGCAAGACCAUCACUCUGGAGGUCGAGCCGUCGGAUACGAUCGAGAACGUGAAGGCCAAGAUCCAGGAUAAGGAGGGUAUUCCUCCAGAUCAGCAGCGUUUGAUCUUCGCCGGAAAGCAGCUGGAAGACGGACGUACUCUGUCCGACUACAACAUCCAGAAGGAGUCGACCUUGCACUUGGUGCUCCGUCUGCGUGGAGGUAUGCAGAUCUUCGUGAAGACGCUGACUGGCAAGACCAUCACUCUGGAGGUUGAGCCGUCGGACACGAUCGAGAACGUGAAGGCCAAGAUCCAGGAUAAGGAGGGUAUUCCUCCCGAUCAGCAGCGUUUGAUUUUCGCCGGAAAGCAGCUGGAAGACGGACGUACUCUGUCCGACUACAACAUCCAGAAGGAGUCGACCUUGCACUUGGUGCUCCGUCUGCGUGGAGGUAUGCAGAUCUUCGUGAAGACGCUGACUGGCAAGACCAUCACUCUGGAGGUCGAGCCGUCGGACACGAUCGAAAACGUGAAGGCCAAGAUCCAGGAUAAGGAGGGUAUUCCUCCAGAUCAGCAGCGUUUGAUCUUCGCCGGAAAGCAGCUGGAAGACGGACGUACUCUGUCCGACUACAACAUUCAAAAGGAGUCGACCCUUCACUUGGUUCUUCGACUCCGUGGGGGAAACUGA